UUCGCUUUCGGGUGCCCCCACAAAAUAUAGUGACUACGUACCGUAGGGUUGCAACUUGUAAUUUAGGGGUAAACUCCRAUCGAUUCGACGGUUGAAAAUUGGAAUACCCACGUGCAGAAGUGUUUGCAUCUACCCAUCCAUGAUCUAUCCAUUUAGAAAAGACUGGCCAGUAUCAAUUGUUGUCGUAUCUCUUCUUUUCAAUACCCAAAUUAUCCAGAACUCCGAGCUUGAGGAGGAUCAGACAAUGAGAAUCUCAAUAUCUGAGGGAAACCCUGAAUAGUCUUCUGUUGGGCAAGUUCCUUUCUGCAUGUUGUCGUACUUAACACAUACUCUAAAAAGACAUGGAAACCUUAGUCUAGCAUUCUUCGUGUGAUCUGCUUUCUCUAUCUAUAUGUCCAGGAGGGUUGAUUCUUUAUUUAGUUCAGUAUGAUGUAGAAUUGUAUUCGUUUUCAUGUUGUAAUUAGUAUAUGUGUUCUGAGAUUUGGAGGGUCGAUAGAUAUGGUUUGAAGGUAUACCGAUCCACUGUGUCGGGUAUUGAUAAUUCUAUCUUCUGGAGGUCCACCCAGUUGUUCAAUUGAGCAUGGGUUUUCACUUAACCUGGAUGAAUUGGCUGUCAAAGUGGUUCUUAUGUUUGGGCAUUGUGGAAUCCGAGAAUCUUCAUAGAUUACUUCAUUGUACAUUUGAUUAGUAGUUUGGUUGAGCAUUGAAUUCCAAAGAUAUGAAUAAGGUUUGGGGAUGGAUAUUAGGUUUGAUAUAUAUAAUUGCUGUUGCUGCUAUAUGGAUUGCUGCAAGUUAUGUUGUUCAGUCAGUUGUAGAUUCGGGUGUAUCACCAUUCCUCAUCACAUACAUCUGCAAUUCCCUGUUUGUGGUUUUGAUCCCCAUUGUUGAAAUUUCACACUGCUUGGAGGAUUCAGCUGGGAAUUUAUGGUCUUGGCAUCGUAAUAAGAAGGGUAGCCAUUUGCAAGUAGAGGAGAAUUCAGAAGAAGUGCUUCUUCUUGGGGAGAAUAAGUUAAGAACAGAAACAAAUGAAUCAAAUCCAGAGGUCAUUGAAGCGGGAGAAAUUAGUCAGCAGAAGAGUAAUAUUUCAGAAUCAGACUAUGAAUUAUAUGAACCUGAAAGGACAUUGCCUGUUCAAACCAGAUUUCCAGAGCUUCCAGAAGUAGAUAAAGUUAUUGAAGAUGGUAAUAAGCAACUAGAUGUGAAAGGGCGUUGGACACGUACCAGAAUGGCGAAGGUUAGCCUGUUGAUAAGUCCGUUCUGGUUUCUUGCACAACUCACUUUCAAUUUCUCACUUAAGUAUACCACUGUGACGUCAAAUACAAUCUUAAGCAGUGUCUCCAGUCUUUUCACUUUUUUGGUUGCUCUGGUGUUCUUGGGUGAGAAAUUCACAUGGGUGAAGCUAAUUAGUGUUCUUAUGUGCAUGGGAGGAACAAUAAUAGUCACUCUGGGUGACUCAGAGGCAGGAUUAAAUGCAAUUGCUGCAAAGCCUCUCAUAGGUGACAUUCUUGCUCUUGUUUCAGCAGGCUUGUAUGCAGUGUAUAUUACCCUUAUUCGUAAAAAGAUCCCUGACGAUGAUGAUCAAAAGAGUGGCCGUGCCAGUAUGGCGCAGUUCCUUGGAUUCCUUGGGCUGUUCAACCUCUUGAUUUUCCUACCUGUUGCCCUUAUAUUGAACUUUACAAAGCUGGAGCCUUUUCACACUCUUACCUGGACUCAGUUUGGCCUUAUUGUUGGUAAAGGUCUAAUUGAUAAUGUGCUGAGCGAUUACUUAUGGGCGAAGGCUAUUCUUCUAACAACAACCACAGUGGCAACAGCUGGUCUCACAAUUCAGGUUCCUUUGGCAGCUGUGGUGGAUUCAAUUCUGGGCCAUGCCCCUCAUCUCAUGGACUACCUUGGAGGUGCGGCAAUCAUUAUUGGAUUUAUAGGCAUCAACAUCCCCACUGAUGCUUGUUCCAGAGCAAAGGAUGCGCAUCUAGAAAGAGAAGAUGCCCAUGUGUCUGAUCACUAUAAUAGCUUGCCAACCGGUAGGGAUGUGGCUGCCAUGUCAUAGUAUAUUAUAGCUGUGCACCCCCUGAUCCUGGUGGCAGAAUGAAACAGCUUUUUCCUUUCCCUCAAAUUAGCUGAUUCUGAGUAAUUUGGCAAGGAAGAAAAUUGUUUAGAAGAAGUAUUAGAAUUACAAAAAGUCAUGAAAACAUCUAUUGUUUUUCAAAGCAUUUUUAGGAUAGAAGGGAUUGACAAAACAGGGAUGAUGAUGUUGAUGAUUUUUAGGAUAGAAGGGGAUUUAUCAAAGCUGCCAAAUUCAUUUGGAAUGAAGCCCCAAUACAUUUAGAAUGCCUUUCAGCUGAUUGCUUAAUGCUGGUUAUUUAUGGUUUAAAAAUGUACAAUGAGGGACAAACAUUUUCCUAGACUUUUAUGCAAAAAUCAGCAUAGUGUUCAAGUGUUGAAACUCUGGAA